AUGCAUAUCAGACUUUGCAUUGUUGCGACAGCUGUGUUUUCGAGCUUUGCAGCUGGCUGUGAGGACCAUGACUGGACCUCACCCAUGCUUGGUGGCUAUGUCAACCAUGAUCUGAUGGCGAGACAUGACCUCGACAAGCGCAUCCAACCUGGUGCUCUCCCAACACUACCACAGCAGAUCAAAGACAUUCAUUGGGGUCAGCUUAACAUUCUGUCAACCACAGACACUCAUGGUUGGCUAGCAGGUCACUUGCUCGACGAGAAUUACAGUGCUGACUAUGGCGACUUUGCAGACUUUGUCAGAAAGAUGAAGGCUAAGGCAGAUGCACUCGGUGUUGACUUGCUGCUGGUUGAUUCUGGCGACCUCCACGACGGAACAGGCUUCGGAGAUGCAACCACACCGAAUGGCAGGUUGACAUUGCCAAUUUUCAAACAGCUGCCUUACGAUCUUUUGUCGAUUGGAAACCACGAGCUUUACACUACUGAAAUCGCCAACGACACCUACCGAAACUUUGCACAGAACUGGAGCGGACGCUACGUUACCAGUAACGUUGACUUCUACGACAAUGGUGUGAGGAAGCCAUUCUCCCAACGCUAUGCGUACUGGCAGACAAAAUUCGGCCUCAGAAUAAUGUCAUUCUCUUUUCUGUAUAAUUUCACUGGCAACAGCAACGCAUCAGUGGUCACACCUGUCGGGACAGCAGUUCAGCAAUCGUGGUUCACACAGCAAGCCAGCAGAAAAGAUAUAGACUAUUUCAUCAUCACAGGCCACGUCACUCUGCGAGGCUCAACUGAAUGGAACCUGGUCUACAGUGCCAUCCGCCAGUACCACCCAACAACUCCAAUUCUGAUAUUUGGUGGUCACCGACACGUUCGAGACGCGGUAGCAUGGGAUGCCUCCGCAAUCGGUACGGCAGCUGGCCGCUACUGCGAAACAGUCGGCUGGACCACCGUGGACGGCCUUUCUCCAAAUGUGACACGAGCCAGAUCUCCAAUGGGCAGCGGCACAAUCAGAAAUCCACGGCCAUCUUCUAUCCCUGGUAUCAACUUUACUCAAGUAACCUCAUCGAACCUGUCUUACUCCCGUCAAUACCUAGACUUUAACCGACCAACCUUUGAGAAGCACACCUCUUCCCUCAGCCAAGCACUCAACACCUCCUACGGCACAGGCAUCACCAAUCAAAUCACCAGAAACUUCUCCAGCCUCCCACAACUCACAAGCCUGCUCGGUUGCUCUCCAGCCUCCUACUACCAGAACAACUACCCACUCACAUCGCCACACAACCUGUUCAAUUUCUUGACCACCACCGUCUUCCCAGCCGUCGUCUACGCUCCAGGCAGAAAUACCUCACAAUAUCCCCGAAUCAUCCUGACGAACACAGGUGGUUUCCGCUACGAUGUCCUGAAAGGCCGCUUCACGCUCGACAAUGCCUACCAAGCGAACCCCUACACCAACCUGUGGCAGUACAUGAGCACACCAUGGGGCGUGGCGAAGAAUCUUCUGGCAAACAUGCAGACUGAUCGCGUCUACAAGCGCCAAUCCUCGAACAGUACAGUCUACAACAGCACGACAGGACUAUAUACCACGCCAGGCUACCUGACAAAAGACGAUUUCGGCAAUGACGGCGAUAAUACGAUCCACUUCGAUCAGGGAUACUUUGACAGCGGACACUAUGUCCAGGCGAACGUGAGCGUGGCCAACAUCUCCGACAGCACAUUGGUUGACGUUUAUGGGACGAGUUUCUUCACAGCGGCAGCGGCGAAGUACUUGCAGGGCAACACGACUGGUUGGAUUAAUGUGACGAAUAGCACGGGUGGCGGAUUCACCAGCUUCGAUACGUUGCCGAUGUAUGCGCGUCUGUUCUGGGACAAGAAUUGCUAA